CAUGCCGCCUGGGAGGAAAGAGGAAGGAAGCCAGCGAUGUUGAGUAAAUGGAAUUUACCAUUUCCAUCGCCUGGUUCACACUAUCAUGAGAUCAUUCACUGUAAGUCCACCGACAUGGUGCCAUUGUUUUGGCUUUCUCUCAUUUCUCUCACCUGGUUGCCACCAAAAGGAAUGGCACAACCUGACGGCUGCCUGUUACAGCCAAGGAGCGUCAUUUGGCGCGAACUGGGACAAGACGCCGUGAUCCAGUGCAGCGUCCGCCCCAACUGCUUAUCCGAAAGGCUCCACUACAGGUGGUUCGCUUUUGAGCGCAGAUCGCACGGCCGUCUUAACUUGGCACACAACCAUCACAAGUACAUCUUACACGGGGCCACUUUACAAAUUAUGUCCCUGAACGCCAACGACAGCGGGAUUUACUUCUGUGCUGCCACGUCGUGGGGAGAACCGGCACCUGGCGCUCAGCAUGUCGGUCUGGGAACGACUCUUGUUGUAAAGGAAAAGACAAAACUCAUGGUGGGUCAUGUUCUGUUGUGGUUAACAUUCGUCGUCUUGGCCCUCUACAGCUCGGCAACAGUGACGCUCAUCAUUCAAAAGAAGUAUGGCCUUAACAUAUUCAACUGUAGACAAAUCUCCAAAAGUGACACGGCGACAUUUGCAAGAUGUUCACAGCGGCCGCGGCGACAGAACAGGAUGGUCGUGAGAAAAUGUGCAGGGGGGAGGGAAACGGGUGAGCAGGCAUGACAGGCCCUGAUCGCCCGACAGAUUUUUAAGGUCUCAUUUGCCAUAGCAGACCCAGAGCAGAUGAGGAACCUAGUCGGUGAGAGUAAAACAUCGUGCAUACAAUGAAAGAUGACAGUAUGUUAGUUUGAAAAAUCAUAAUCUGGAGGUGGUCCGUAGUGUGAUGCUAAGCAUAUUUAUUUCCCAGGAUCUCACACUGGCCGCCUAUAGCUGUUCAAAAACUAAGCAACAUGUUUCAUCCAGCUACAAUUUAUUGUUACAGUUUGCGGUUUUAAAAUUCUCAAAAAUGGCCAUUCAUCAUGGCAUGAAAGUAUUAAAGUGCCUAGUUGUCAUAAAUUGGCCCAGAGAUUGCUGUCCAGCUUCAAGAAAACAGCAGCGCUAGCAAUACUAAACUAGCAUUACUGAGCUAGCAUUAGCACUGUAAACAAGCCGCUGUUUGCCACAGCCAUUGUUCGUAUGACUUCCAGUAUUCGUAACAUACUGUUACUCUCAACACGCAUCAUUUGAAGUGUUUUCUUGGGUAGUCAGGACGGGGUGGACAAUCAAUUACAAAUCAGAAAUUGUUCAUGAAUUUAACGUUGAGCACAAAUAUUGCAAAUUCCGUAACGCCUCUGAAUCCUCGGCUGAUCGAAGUUUCCUUGCUUGGCAUGUUGUGGCUCUGCCCAUUUGCCCAGUUUUGGACAUUCGAACAGUUUCAACAAAACUCCGGAAGCCGAAGCUAACAGGUCAAUGAGAGGCUGCUGGGGUGUGCUAUGCUAUGACUUUUCCUGGGAGUGAUACAGCAAAUGAUUAACAUCACUGACCAGUCGUCACACUUUCUGCCUCCGAUUGUCCUCAUGCAUGCUGGUUUCUCAUAAGUCAAAUUACAGACAGAAUAUGGGGCCAAAUAACUUUUUUUCCCCCCCAAAGAUUAUUCUAUGAACAUACUUUGGCUUUUUGUUUUAAUUAUUGCAAACUCCCCCUUUAUUGGGCAGUGUGUAUGACAAUAACAGGCUCGUUUGUAUGUUUUUAGUUCAAGAGAUGGAAUCGUGAAUUUGUUGACUACGUUAACAUCUAUGAAUGAAUUAAGUCAUUUAUUUCAAAGAGCAAAUUCCAAACACUGACUCCAAAGCUGGAACCAGGCCUAGCAAGGGAGCUUCAUUCAACUCUGUUGGUGCCAAAUGUGUUCCCCGAGAGACCCUCUCCAGCCUGUUUUAGAUGUUUCAUUUGUAUCAAGUGCAUUAGAAGACACCAAAAAAAUAAAAAAAGGUCUGGAGAUGGGCUCUCCGGUGUACAUGUGACUUAAGCGCAAUAAAAGACACCUCCUCACGCAUUUAUUUCCUU